AGCCACAGGCACAUCUUCAAGUUACCAGCGCCGUCGUCACACCAUGACUUCCACUUAUUCGCGCAGGUUCUGCAGUCUUCUCUUGUUAGUUCUCGUAUGGAUUGGUCCCGUCUGCGGCAUCCUGACCAAAUGGGAAGCUACGGAUUUUUGUAAAUGUAUAUGUUUUCAAUCAAACUAUACCAUCUUGCUCUUGGAUAAGCCCGACGAUCCUUCCAAACCCUGUCUAACAUGCAACAAGCAAUGGUGUCUAAAUCAAAACCUAUCAAUCUGUGCAGGCGCGUCACUUGGUGACACAAAUCCCGACACAGCGACAGGGAAAGAGGGUGAUGUAGAGGCGAGGUGUUUCCAACGGGACUCGCCUCGAGAUCAGCUAGUCGUUACCCUCUUCCUCUUGACAAUCAUUGGAUUGUUGCUCGGAGUAGGAGUUAGGAACCGCAUGGUUAAAGCGGGACUCAAUACAUCAUUAUCAUGGGGUGGAAACAGGGGAUGGUGGGAAGAAUGGGUGCUACGCAGACAACCAGAGAGCUAUACUCUUAGCGAGCGCGAGGCGGGCGAAUAUUCUAGUGUUCCCCAGUCACUUGCAAUGUGAUCAUCGUAGUACCUGAUUCUUUUUACUGUCCUUGAACUAUAUUUACUAUGUUAUGUGAAUGAUGUACCCUGCAACGACGCGACUGCGAUAUGCGUAAAUUCCU